AUGCCGAAAUCGUCACUUCAACCGCACCGAUUUCUCGCGGCAGAGGCUACUUUGCUCCGGAGCCAGCGUCUCGGACUCGGCCGAGGAGGACCCACCCCACGAUUCACGCCACCACCCUCUUGGGUGCCGAUACGUGGGGGCAACGUUUGUAUAGGGGGCCCGAAAGGGCUCAUGAGUUUGGGCUGGUCGCGUCUCUCUGAUAUCGUCACAUCGGUGGCCAUAGAGAAAAGCUCGCGUCUCGAUCAACAGUUUCGGGGUUCUGCGGCGGACCCAUGUGGCAAGGGGAAACAAUAG